UUCUAGAGAGAGAGCAAACCCUAGAUUAGUUCUGACUGAAAACAAAGAAAUAUUCUUUUUAUUUGUUGGAUUUAAAACUUUCAGAUCCUGAAAAAACUCAGUUUUUUGAAUCAUUACACACCCAGAUCGUGCACAAUUAUAUACUUGGUUUUAACUCAAAACGCAAUCUGGGGUUUGGGUUUGUGAUUUGAAGACAUUGUGAAGGAAUUUGUUCAUAAAAAAGUUGUAAAAAUGAUGUCCAGAUCGUAUACCAAUCUAUUAGAUCUAGCAUCGGGGAAUUUUCCCGUGAUGGGGCGCGAAAAGAAGCGCCUUCCCCGGGUAAUGACUGUACCGGGGGUUAUAUCUGAGCUUGAUGAUGAUCAGGCGAAUAGUGUGACAUCGGAUGUCCAAUCGUCGUUGGUUGUGGAUCGAGUAAUUAUUGUGGCUAAUCAGCUUCCGGUGAAAGCUAAGCGUAGACCGGAUAAUAAAGGGUGGAGUUUUAGUUGGGAUGAGGAUUCCUUGUUAUUACACAUUAAGGAUGGUUUGCCAGAUGAUAUGGAGGUUAUUUAUGUCGGGUCUUUGAGAGUUGAGGUAGACCCGAACGAACAAGAUGAUGUGUCGCAGCUAUUAUUGGACAGGUUUAAGUGUGUCCCAGCUUUUUUGCCUCCGGACAUUUUGGCGAGAUAUUAUCAUGGCUUUUGCAAGCAGCAUUUGUGGCCGAACAUGUUAAUGCUCCCUUUCUCUGCGAGUCAUGGGGGUCGAUUUGAUCGGUCCUUAUGGGAGGCCUACGUGGCUGCAAAUAAGAUUUUCUCACAGAGAGUGAUUGAGGUGAUAAACCCGGAUGAUGACUAUGUUUGGAUUCAUGAUUAUCAUUUGAUGGUUCUGCCCACUUUCCUAAGGAGGCGUUUCAAUCGGUUGCGAAUGGGGUUCUUUCUCCAUAGUCCAUUUCCUUCAUCAGAAAUCUAUAGGACUCUACCUGUAAGAGAGGAGAUUCUCAAGGCACUAUUAAAUUCAGACCUUAUAGGUUUUCACACCUUUGACUAUGCUCGCCAUUUCCUUUCUUGUUGUAGUCGGAUGCUUGGCUUGGAGUACCAGUCGAAGAGGGGUUACAUUGGGUUGGAGUACUAUGGAAGAACAGUUGGAAUUAAGAUCAUGCCAGUUGGGAUCCACAUGGGGCAGAUUGAGUCUGUUUUGAGACAUGCAGAUAAGGAAUGGAGGGUUGGGGAGCUCAGGCAGCAAUUCGAAGGAAAGACCGUGUUGCUUGGGGUUGAUGAUAUGGACAUCUUCAAAGGUGUCAAUCUGAAACUUAUGGCAAUGGAACAGAUGCUCAAGCAGCACCCGAAGUGGCAGGGGAGGGCAGUACUGGUACAGAUUGCAAAUCCUGCUCGGGGAAGAGGGAAAGAUCUGGAGGAAAUACAAGCUGAAAUACAGGCAAGUUCCAAGAGAAUUAAUGAGACUUUUGGGCGGCCUGGUUACGAACCAAUUGUCUUCAUUGAUAGGCCAGUUUCUCUCGCUGAACGAGUUGCAUAUUAUACCAUUGCUGAGUGUGUUGUUGUCACAGCUGUGAGGGAUGGCAUGAACCUUACUCCGUAUGAGUAUAUUGUGUGCCGGCAAGGAAUCUCUGGAGCUGAUUCUAGUUCAGAAUCAGAUGGGCCCAAAAAGAGCAUGCUAGUAGUAUCAGAGUUCAUUGGAUGUUCUCCUUCAUUGAGUGGUGCUGUACGGGUCAACCCAUGGAAUGUUGAAGCAACAGCUGAAGCAAUGAACGAGGCAAUUUCAAUGACCGAUGCUGAAAAAUCGUUGCGUCAUGAGAAGCAUUAUAGGUAUGUUAGCACACAUGAUGUAGCAUAUUGGUCACAAAGUUUUUUCCAAGAUAUGGAGAGAACUUGCAAGGACCAUUUCAGGCGACGGUGUUGGGGGAUUGGUUUGAGCUUUGGUUUCAGAGUUGUAGCACUUGAUCCUAAUUUCAGAAAAUUGUCUAUAGAUGCUAUUGUAACUGCUUAUUCAAAAGCUCAAAACAGGGCCAUAUUGUUGGAUUAUGAUGGCACUGUGAUGCCUCAGACAUCCAUCAUCAAGACCCCCAGUCAGGAGGUUAUUUCGAUUAUAAACACACUCAGUGGUGAUGUUAAAAAUACGGUUUUUGUUGUAAGUGGACGUGGAAGGGAAAGUUUAGGCAAGUGGUUUACUCCAUGCAAGGAACUUGGUAUUGCAGCUGAACACGGAUACUUCAUGAGGUGGUCUGAGGGCAAGGCAUGGGAAGUUUGUGGGCAGAGCAGCGAUUUUGGGUGGAUGCAGAUAGCUGAGCCUGUCAUGAAGUUAUAUACAGAAGCUACUGAUGGUUCUUCCAUUGAAACAAAGGAGAGCGCAUUGGUUUGGCACCAUCAGGAUGCAGAUCCAGGUUUUGGAUCCAGCCAGGCCAAGGAGAUGUUAGACCAUCUUGAAAGCGUGCUCGCAAAUGAACCUGUAGUAGUGAAAAGUGGCCAGUUCAUUGUUGAAGUGAAACCUCAGGGAGUGAGUAAAGGCCUAGUUGCAGAGAAGAUCUUCACAUCAAUGGCCGAGAGUGGAAGGCAAGCUGAUUUCGUACUGUGUAUUGGUGACGACAGAUCCGAUGAGGAUAUGUUUGAGAUCAUUGGCAAUGCAAUGAACAGCGGUGUCCUCUCCUCUAAUACAUCAGUGUUUGCUUGCACGGUUGGACAGAAACCAAGUAAGGCCAAGUACUAUUUGGAUGAUCCAAAUGAGGUCAUAACAAUGCUUGAAGCUCUAGCCGAAGAGUCAGGCCCUCCACCAUCAACAGAAGUUGGGACUCGAAGCACGCCUUGAAGGUUGUUACUAUUUGUGGCUUUCCCGUGUUGAAAAACUUCAGUUUGCCUCUUCCAUCAAUCCAUUCUGGAUAAAUAUCGUGCACGCCAAGGUAGCGAUUCCAUUUCUGUUUUUUGUUUGUUUGGAAAGAAAUUCAUGGAAGAAAACACUGUAUAGCCUUUUGUUGAUGUUCUGCUCGGACCAUCAGCAGAUUGGAUUUCCUGUGAUUAAGAGGGGAAGGAAAUCGGAGUUCUGAUAGUGACAUAGGAAAAUCGAAGUUUCUGAUAGUGACAUAGGCCAUACUUCAGCUUGUUGAAUUGCCUUAUUGGAUUAGAACUGACUGUACACAGUUGCGUUUUUUGUUUUUUUCUUUUUUGCCCUUUUGAGUGGAAUUUUUGUUAAUGUCGUUACUCAGCCCAAUUCAUUAAAUUAUUUAAAUUCUGUAAAUCUGAUAGAAUUUACGCCUUGAAUUCUU